UUGAUUGUCAAAGAAACGUCAGAGUGCGCGCAAGUUUCUUAACGUGUGGGUGAUUUAAAUGUUUUAUUGCAGAAAAUAAAUAAUCGUGUUAUUCUCACAUCAAUGAAUGAACCUUAUAGAAAUAUAUGUUUGAUAAUGUCUGAAACCUAUUUUUUCUAUUGGUCCUAAUUUACUGAGAUUUGUUUUCAAUAAGCAAUGUGUUUAAAAGUAAAAAAGGUCACAUAAUUUGCAUUUUUUAAUAAAGUAAUACCUCAAGCAUCAACAAAAUGCGUGAUAAAAUAGAUUUUAUCGAUAUCUUACAACCCCGUAACACGUACUUUGGCAUUGUGAAAUUUAUGACCCGGCCCUGGAUGCCAAAAAAAACAAUGAACCUGGAACGAGAGUAUUUCCCACAGGAUAUAAAAAAUUUAGUCACUAAAUCGACAUGUUUGGAUUCCUAUAUAGAUGCUGAAAGUGCUAGGACUCAUAUACUGAAGCAGCAAUUGCAAAACGAAGUAUUAAAAUAUAUUGAGGAAAUAGCUAUGGAUAAACGUAUGCAUGUUAUACGCUGGAUGGGUGUCUUUUUUCUAAAUGUUUCCUUUAUGAUGAAAACUGGGAUUUUUGUAAAUAAUACUGCAGUUUUAGAGCUUAAAAAGACAAUGGGUGACAAUCCAGUAUUAUUUCUGCCAACACACAGAAGCUAUGCAGACUUCUGUUUAAUGACAUACCUGUGUUAUCACUAUGAUAUUGAGUUGCCAGCUGUUGCCGCUGGUAUGGAUUUCUACACAAUGGCGGUCGUAGGGCAAAUGAUGCGUGAGACAGGGGCUUUCUAUAUGCGUAGAACACUUGCAGGGGCACCCUUAUACUCAGCCACAUUGCGGCAGUAUGUCCGCACACUUGUGGCACACUAUGGAGCCCCUGUUGAAUUCUUUCUGGAAGGCACGAGAAGUAGAAGCAAUAAAAGCUUGCCACCGAAGUAUGGAAUGCUGGCUAUGACAUUAGCCCCAUACUUUGCCCGUGAAGUGGAUGACGUCACGAUUGUGCCUGUCAACAUAAGUUAUGAUCGUAUAAUGGAGCAGGGCCUCUUCGCGUAUGAGCAUCUUGGUGUACCCAAACCUAAGGAGACGACUGGGGGUCUUAUCAAAGCCUUACACACCCUCAACGACCACUUUGGCAACAUAUACAUAAAUUUGGGUACGCCAAUGUCUCUUAAAAGCUACUUGGGGCACUCCACCCUAUCAUCAGAGACCCUCAAACCCCGUGACCAUCAAAAGCUGACAGAUGACCAGAUGAGGCACGUUCAGAGAGUCGCCGAUCACGUGGUCACAUUGCAGCAAGAGAACGCAGUAGUCACGAUCACGAAUCUGCUCUGCAUCGUUCUUAUGGAUAGUCUGUAUAUGGGAAGGGUUUUGGGACAGGAUGAGGUGGAAUCACAGAUCUCCUGGUUGAUAGAAGUAUUACAGAACCUGGGAGCUUUAGUUUUUGAAAGAGAUGUCAAAGGGAACAUGGAGAGAGUUUUGAUUGUGCAUAGAACUAUGAUGAAGUUGGAUCGCGAGAAGAGACUGAGAUUGGUGUCCAGUGCCCUAAUGAAUGUGACGGCUGAUGUGCAGAAGAAGAUGAAAGGUCACAUCUUAAAAGCAGAGACGAUGGUCAAUGCGGUGCCGGUGAUACAGCUUCAGAUCUACAUAAACCCAGUAUUACAUUACAUAGUACCACCAGCACUCGUAUACCUUAUUGUUAGCAGACAUAAUAUAAGGAAAGAUGAAUUGUAUUCGAAUUAUAUUGAAGUUAGAAGACUGCUGAGACAUGAAUUUUUCCAUUUAGAAGAGAAUGAACAGAUGAUAUUCGACAGAGCACUGGAGUACUGCAUACAGACAAAAUUGGUUUUAGUGAAUAACGACUUGUUGUGCGACGGGUUGGGCGAUCGACCGAACGACAAGUUGCGCUACAUGUUACAAUGGGCUUUAUUGCCAGCGCUUACAACGCUCCUUUGUUGUAUGGACGUUAUGAACGAGUGUAAAAAAUGUGAACACAAGCAUGCACUAAAGAAGAUACAGGAAAGGCUAGAACAGAAGAGAAGUCAUCCAUACUGUUUAAGUCUAGAAGCAGCCGGUAACUGCUUGCAGGGACUUGUGUAUAGUGGUGUUAUGCUCAGGCAUAAAAUGCAGCAAGAUAUUGUGUACGAAGCCGUACCAGAAGUUAUUGACAACUGCCAACGCCUUGUUAGUUCUAUCUUGCCAAAGUUAACUGUAGAUUUUUAUAGCAACCCAGUUAUUGUACAUCAAACGCAACGAGCGCGUUUAUAAAAUUGCCAUAGACAAUAAUUAACAGUAACAGAUUUUAUUGAAUUUUUUUGUGAUUUUAAUGUGUCAAAUCAGAUCUGUGGUUUAGGUUUUUGACAGCUUGUUGGUAAUGUAUUUAAGCCAUUUAAACUUCCCGAUAUUUAGGUAUUAUUAGAUAUUACUUAAAAAUAGUGAUUUAUAUUUCAGUAUUAAGUUUGCGAUCCACGUUAUUCCGAAUUUUGAAAAAAAAUUUCAUCUAAUUCGAUUUCGUUCGAUGACGUCUUAAUUAUUGCUUUCAUGAUCCGGGCCAAUUUCUCUUAUAAGAUUCUCUGAGUGAAUGGCGGAACUUAGUACCGGUUUUACAUUAUAUUAACAUAAAUUUUUGUAGUUCAUAGCGAGGUUUUUUAUGGAUUUCUAUGGUUUUUAAAUUUUGAAAAUAAUAUUAUAGCCUUUAUAUUCACAAAACUCUAUGAUCUAUGAUCUUUAAUAUUUUCAAUAAAGUAUGUCUCGGAGUUCGCUGUGCCUCAUGGCAAAGGCCUUCGAUGAUUCGAUUUGUUGCGAUGAAUUUUGCUAAUGUUUUAUAUAGAAAAAUGUAGUUUAAUUAUCCUCAUAAUAUAUCACCGAUAACCUAAGAUAUAGUGCUUAAUAUUAACUUGAAUACAUUAAACAAAUUUCUUUAAAUGCUUUCUCAUUUCUUUUAAAGUGUUGUUGGUAAUUUUUCGUUAUUUUUAUGGAUUAUAUUGAAAGGUUCGGUUUUUUUCUACUUUUGACGUGACAUCUAAUAAAUCUACGAACGCCGAUUUUAAGCACGAUUGCAUCUGUCUCUCUUCCACUAGAUUUUCUAAUGCGUCCUAGGAUUCACUUCUUUGUCUUUUCCAUACAGAAUUACGAUAAUUCAAUUUUAUUAUUAAAAGUAUUAAAAUCAUUAAUAUUUUAUCAUGGCGUUGUCACGUUAAACGUUUUUUUUAAUUGUUAUUAAUAAGCGCUUAAUCUAAAUUCGUGUUCCAAAUGAUGAGCUUAAAAUAAUGAAUGUAUGUUGCGUGAAAAUAUUACGAAUCGUUAUGAUAAUUUUAUUCCAGUCAUGAAUCUACAAUUAAAUAUGAUUUGAACUUAGAUUUUUUCUUAUUGUUAUAGAUUGUGUCAACAAUUGAGCCAAAUACUGUUACCUUUUAAUAUAUAAUUUAAUUUAAUUAACCUGUGAUAGUUCAAAUGUAUUCUCUGUAUAUGACGUGUAUUAUUUGUCCUCUCAA